GUGUCCUUGAAGUUUCCGCCCACUCCAACCUCAGCAGGAAGUGAACAGAGUCGACAGAAAUUAACCGGCACUAUCAUCACAAUGGACCCGGGACCUACACCUCUGCGGUGCUUCAGUGAGUGCCACCCGGCAGAAAUGUUCGUGGAUGACGGCGUGGAGACGUUGACUUCAGUGGAGCAGAAAAAAGUUGAACACAGCAUUGAAGAGGUCAUCAAUGUUUACAAACAAAUUCACAGCUUACCACAGCCAAUUUUGUUGCGGGAGCAGCACUAUCAGUAUCUGAAGAAGGGCUUACGACACUUAUCAGACGCUUAUGAGUGUCUGGACGCUAGCAGACCGUGGCUGUGCUUCUGGAUUCUUCACAGUCUGGAGUUACUUGAACAGCCCAUUCCUGCUGCUGUCGCCUCAGAGGUGUGUCAGUUCUUGGCUCACUGUCAGAGCCCAACGGGGGGUUUUGCUGGAGGACCGGGACAACACGCCCACCUCGCGCCCACCUACGCUGCUGUUAACGCCCUGUGUAUCAUCGGCACAGAGGAGGCCUACAAUGUUAUAGACAGGGAAAAGCUGUUAGAUUUCCUAUGGUCAGUGAAGCAGCCAGAUGGCUCGUUUGUGAUGCACGUCGGAGGGGAAGUGGAUGUCAGGAGUGCAUAUUGUGCUGCUUCUGUUGCAUCGCUCACAAACAUCCUCACACCUAAACUGUUUGAGGACACGACCAACUGGAUCCUCAGCUGUCAGAACUGGGAGGGCGGUCUGAGCGGCGUACCCGGUUUGGAGGCCCACGGCGGGUACACUUUCUGUGGUACCGCUGCCCUCGUCAUCCUGGGGAAGGAGCACAUGCUGGAUCUCAAAGCUUUGCUGCGGUGGGUGGUCAGCAGACAGAUGCGGUUCGAGGGGGGCUUCCAGGGCCGCUGUAAUAAACUGGUGGAUGGCUGCUACUCGUUCUGGCAGGCUGGACUCCUGCCUCUACUGCACAGAGCCUUAUUCAAAGAAGGAGAGUCGGAGCUGAGUCGGCAGCGGUGGAUGUUCGAGCAGCAGGCCCUGCAGGAGUACAUCCUCCUGUGCUGUCAGAACCCGACGGGGGGGCUUCUGGAUAAACCUGGCAAAUCCAGAGACUUCUACCACACGUGUUACUGCCUGAGCGGCCUCUCCAUAGCACAACACUUCGGGAACAUGGACCUCCACCAUGAGCUGAUCCUCGGCAAAGACGACAACAGAUUGGCGCCGACUCAUCCAGUUUACAACAUCUGUCCAGAGAGGGUGGCCCAGGCCCUGCAGCACUUCCACCGGCUGCCCGCCCCUGAGGACCCCCGGUGGAAGGGAGACUCCGCCGACAACACACCGUCAGACCCCGCCCCCGACGCCACCGCUUCAGGCUCCGACGACCAACAGUCUUAAUCCUCACCGGAGCGAACAGACUCGAACCAGCAAACAGGAGUCACAGGUGCGAUGUGGAAACGCCCAGAGAACUCGUCUUCAACCACCAGACCCUCCUCACUGAAGACCAGGGCCGGGGUUAAAGGUCAACCGUCGUGUGCGGGCGGUUUCGCAUCUCAGUGAAAAAUCGCUUGCAAUGCCUAAAGUUUUCACUCUGAAAUAAAAGUGAAACUUUCUCUGGUUUCAGUAUGACCUAAGUUAAUAAAAGUUCUUUAUAGCACUUGU